GUACUUGGUAUCUUGUCGAUGGAAAAUAUUCAAUAAAGUGCAAAGCCAGAACGAUUCUUGCAACUUCACCACAGAGAAAGAAUUAUCAAAACUUUGAAAAUUGGGAUGAAAUAUCGGCAUGUAUUUCCAAAAGCACAUUUAAUGAUUUAACAGGGAAUUCAAAUAUUUCUUGUAAAGUGUUAUUCCCAAAGGUUGAUGAUAAAAAGAUAAAAGAGUUAUUUAAAAUCUGGGGAGGAGUUCCACAAAUCGUUUUACAAAAAGCAAGCACAGUACUUAUAGAGUUAAUACAUCAAGAAAUGGAUAGUGCAAUCACUAGUUGUGAGAUUGAUAUGAUAGUAAAAAAAUAA